GCAUCAGCUGAUGAAAUCGACUUUUGGCGCGCUUUAGUGAAGCUGGCCAAAAUUUUUACAAAAAGUAAACAAACAAAGUUUAACAUAAAUUUUUUGUGGAUUAUUUAUUUAUAAGCUUGAAGCUAUUUAUUAAAAAUUAGUUUAUGACGUUUGAUAACAUGUGUUAGUUUAAAAUAGCUCUACAAAUCGACCUUUGGGAAAUUCUGCUUCAGAACACGCAUUGCAGUUUUUGGUGGAGUGCACCUUGGUACUUGAAAGCGCUUAAGUUUCAAUUCCUUUUAAUAUACAUUCUUUAAGGAAAUGUCUAUCCCUAGAAGACACAUUUUUUCUGUUUGGUACAGCGAAAAGGUCGCUACCAAAAAGUGUGCUGCUGUUGAGAAAUACGUUUUUUCCAAUGUAUUUAAUAAUAAUAAUUAUUCUCAACUAGAAUAUAAAGCAGUAAAUCAGAGGAUUUACUCAUUUGUAGCACAGUUGCAGCAAAAAUGGAAAAGAGCUCAUAGGACAUUGGAAAUUUUCGAGAAAUAUAACAAGGAGUGGUUAGAUGCUGACUCCAUAUUUUAUGUAGAACCGGAAAAAGCUGUACGUUCAGUUGGAAGACCGUCAAAAGAGUUUGAAGAUUGUUCAUUGAAAACUAAAUUGAACAAAGCUAAAUCUCUUGCAAACGAAGCAACCAAUGAAGAACUCAUGUUGGCGGCACGUGUGAGCUUGUACAAAGCUGGGAAGAGAAAUGCUUCUAGAGCUGUAUCAUUGCUUAGUUCAGAUGAAGAGGUCGUGGCAAAAACAAUAAAAUGUGAAAGCAGUGAUCCCAAACUUCCUAUUAAGUUCAGCCCUGAGGAAGCUUUGGCGAUUUAUAUUGAUGGGCGCUUCACAAAACAUUCAUAUAAGCUAGUACAAGCAAAAACUAGAUCUAACAAUGCAAAUGUUUUUCCAAGCUACGAUUUGUUGAGAACAGCAAAACUAAUGUGCUAUCCGAAAGACGUAAAAGUUACUGACUCUUCAGCAGAAGUGCCUUUACAGUGCCUAGUUGACCACACCGUUUCAAGAAUCGUGCAAUCAAGCAAAAUUAUUUUCGAAAAAAUGAACGAAACGGAUAAUAUAAUUACUGCCGUGCACAAAUGGGGCUGUGACGGAAGUAGUGGCCAUUCCAUGUAUCGUCAAGGCUACAGCGAGUUUGAAGAAAAUAAAACCGAUGAAUAUAUGUUCACGAUUUGUAUUGUGCCCCUACAAAUAAACAUGGGACCAAUUGUAAUAUGGCAGAAUUCACGUCCUUCCUCUACCAGAUUUUGUAGACCAAUAAAAAUAGUGUGCGAAAAAGAAACAUCUUCCUUGGUGAAAUUGGAAGUUGAUAAAAUAAAUAAACAAAUAUUAGAAAUCCUUCCGACAACAUUCCAAAAUUUUCAAAUCCAACAUAAGUUUCACAUGACAAUGAUUGAUGGAAAAAUAUUUAGUGUCAUUGCUGAGUCUUCCAACCAAACAUGUGGUAUUUGCGGUGCAACUCCCUCAGUAAUGAACAACCUGAAAAGUCGAACACCUGAUACAAAUUUGUAUCAGUAUGGACUCUCUACAUUGCAUGCGUGGAUAAGAUGCCUUGAAUGUAUCCUUCACAUAGCUUAUAGGCUUCCUUUUGAAAAAUGGCAGAUUCGAAAAUCCGAUAAGGAUGCAGCUGAGCAGCACAAAAAACAUAUACAAAAUCGUGUAAAGAAAGAAAUGUCUUUAUUGGUAGAUAUACCAAUGCCUGGAGCCGGAAAUACUAAUAAUGGAAACACAGCAAGAAGAUUUUUCCAACAGCCAACAUUAGCAAGCGAAAUAACUGGUGUCGACGAAAAUCUAAUUCACAGAUUUAGUGUGAUACUCAGAACUAUGGCAUGUGGUUAUAAAGUCAAUACCGAGGUUUAUCGGGUUUUUUGCUUUCAGACAGCUGAAAUAUUUGUUGAAAAAUACCCAUGGUUCUAUAUGCCAUCCUCUGUUCACAAAAUUUUAUUGCAUGGAGCGGAUAUAAUUAAUUGCGUUGGACUUCCUAUUGGCAUGAUGUCUGAAGAAGCAUUGGAGGCACGUAAUAAAGAUCUUCGGAACAUAAGGCAGAAUCACACCCGAAAGUCUUCACGAAAAAAUACAAUGGAAGAUUUAGUGCAUGCUCUCCUUUUUACAUCUGACCCAUUAAUUUCGAACCUAUCCAAAUCAUCGUCCAGGCUUUCCCGAAAAAAAUAUAGAGUUGGAUAA